AUGGAGCUGCCAGACGGGACGACAGAUGUUGUCCACCCGGAAGUUCGGGCGCACAUCAACAGUCUUGUUUCUGCCCUUGGUGGUACCAGUGCCGACGAUGACGGCCAAUACAGGCUCGGUGACGACGCCAUCGAAGUCCUCCGCGAUUUGAAGAAAUGGAUUCGAUUUUACGACGAGAAAACAAAUCGUAUGGAUGUUGCCCGCUGCAUUUCAGAAGCCAAUCUCGUUGACGGCGACCUCCUCCACAUCCUCGCGGGCUGGCCUGAAAAUGCCACCGAUAAUAAGUUCAGGGCGCGCAUCGCACUUGCGUGCUUCGAGAUCAUGGUGCCUCUCACCUGGCCGCUGGAACGAGACCCCGAACGAAUGACCAACAACCACCACCGCCAUAUCCCGGUCCUCGAAUUGGCACAGCUAGCUUAUAAGCGAGCCAUUAUCAACUUUGACGGUGCCCAGAUCCUGCAUACUGCAGUCCGCGUUGCUCUACCCUCGAUGGCAAUCACAAUCGGUGACCGUACACCUCGCGAUCACGGCAUUAUCAAGCUUGCGCUCUUCUUCCUGCGGAACAUUGCUAUGAUCGCCCCCCCACCGAACGUGAAAUACGAUGGCGACGAGACUCAGGUUUCCCGCUCCACAACGAUAGACGCAUUCUCUUUCCAGGACAUCUUCAUGGUGUUGCUGAUGAUUGCCUCAAACAUGGGGGAAGAUUUUCGAACCGAGGAUGUGAUCGUUAUGGAAAUUAUCUAUCACCUUGUCAAACAGGUCAACGUGAAGAAGCUCUUCAUGGAUGAGCAACAAUUGAACAAGGCGAAGGCUCAGGAGCUCUCGGCUAUGAUGAGCAAAGAGAAGGCUAUGCACAAUGCAUACAACCGCAGGGGGCCUACUCGCCAUAACCGCUUUGGCACUAUGGUCUGGAUGAAGCGAGACGAUGGAAGAGUGUCAACUAUAACUGGCCAGGACGCACUUGCCGAUAGUGCGACUCGACAGCAAAAGCUCGACGAAUCCAAAACAUUUAGGCCGGCCCGCAGGGCGAGGAAGGAGGAACUAGAACCCAAAGACCUAGGAGCUCCAGUAAAGCUCAAUGCCAGAGCGAAUGCGCAGCUUCGGACGUUUGUUGAAGAUUUUCUUGAUGCAGGCUUCAACCCUCUGUUCGAGCAUGUUCGGAAAUCCUUGGACCGCGAGGCAUCACAUGUUCUGACCUAUCACCGCAGGCAGUUCAUGUACUUGGUUGCGUGGUUCUUGGAGGCCGAAAGAGUCCGCAGGAAAAGAAAACAAGACGCGAAGAAGCCGAGUACUGCCGAUGAAGUCAGCAGCUUCAACCUCGUGGCUGGUGUGUUGAAUCAAGCAAUGUUCAUCACUCUCACCAAAACAAUGCACGAUUCCUGGGAGCAUAAAGAAUGGCCAACCCUGACCGCUGCGAUGCGAUGCUUCACCCAAAUUCUCCUCACAGUCCAGGAGAUGGCCGAGUCCGGUAACGAAGACAACGAGGAAAUCGCUGAAAACAUUCUCAGCCGUCUCUUCUACGAAGAUUCCACACACGACCUCGUUGCCAAUGUUGUCAGGCAGUACAAGGACCAAGGCUUUGAGUAUCUUGAUUCUGCGACAGAACUUACGCAUCACUUUCUACGUAUUUUGGAGGCGUACUCGAAACAAAACGUUGAUAUGCAGGUCCGGUCUCGCAAGCGGACAAGGCGGAAGAAGAAGGCCGCCCAGGACGCUGCUGGCGUGGACAACAUUGACGAGGAAGGGGAUGAAUCUGCUAAUGAUGAAGCCAACGCUGAAAAGACAUCAAAAGAGCGCAAAUUCGACUUCCAUCGAUUCACUUCACGUUUCACCCCUCAAGGAGUUGUCGAUACCUUCGUUGCUUUUACAAAAUACUACAAAGAUCUCGAUGAUUCUCAGUUGAAGCGCGCCCAUCGCUAUUUUUACCGCAUUGCAUUCAAGCAAGAAAUGAGCGUCAUGCUUUUCCGCGUCGACAUUAUACAUCUCCUGUACAACAUGAUCAAGGGCCCUGAGCCUCUUGAUAAAAGCUCCGGUAUGUUCAAGGAGUGGGAAGAGCUGUCCAAACAGAUCAUCCGAAAAUGCGUACGGAAGAUUGAGCAGCGACCUGAGCUUAUUAUCGAGAUGCUCUUCUCCAAGAUGCAAAGCACGGCACACUACCUUGAGUUUGGAUACGAAAAACAGACCAUCUCUUCGUCGCACGCCAAACCUGCCGCAGAACUCGAAUUUAAGACUACAGAGGAGAGAGACCAGCAAAUCGCCAUUGUUGUUGGAGUGCUACUUGAUAAAAACCAAUCAGAUCACAUUGCUUGGGUCAAGAAGACUCUUGAAUCUGUUGAAGGCGAACGUCGUGCAUGGGCGGCAGCUAACCAAGUCAUACCUUCCGUUGAGGGCAUUGAAACUCCCAGUGAGGAGGCACUAGCAAAUGACGGGGCUAACCUGCCCGACCCUUUCACUGUACGCCCAGACGAUGAUGCCCGCAAGACUGCCAUGUUCAAAAAUUCCCACCUCCGUCUUCUAAUGAAGCUUGUGGGAAUGGAAAGACUCGCCCCAACCAUCGAGGAGACCCAGCAAUCUCUAUGGGUCUUCCCUUCUCAGAUUACUGCAGACUACCUGCGUGAGAGUAUCGACUUCAUCAACAAGGCCGAGUUUAAUCCACCCGUGUUUGACGAUGGCCGUGCCGCUGAAGAUCAGCUCCGGCGCAAGAAGGCACCACGGAAACGUGUCGAGUAUGAUGACGAUGACGAGGAUAUUGAUGACGGGUUCCUAUUUGAGCCCCUUGGACCGACAGUUCAUAAAGCAAUCGAUGGGCCUGCUAAGAAGCCAAAGAAAAGGCGGCGCAGAAAGGCAAGUGAAGAAGGGGAGGCCCCGAAUGACUCGGAAUUGGAGGAAAAGGCCAGAAAACGCAGGGAACGUGAGAGAGAGAAAGCGAGAAAGAUCAAGAGCGAGGCCUACGUGCACGCAAGCGAUGACGAGACGGACGAGGAAUACGACCGCGAAUUCUUCCUUCGGGAAGAAGCGCAGCGCUCUCGUGUGGCUCGCAACGUGGAGACUGUAUUGGCUUCUCACCCGGUCAAGCGAACAGCUGCGGCAUUGCUUGCAGACAGCGACGAUAACGAUGACGAUAUUCUGGCUACGACCCGAGACACACAAUCGACUCGGCCUAGUGCCAGCAUGGAAUUGGAUGCUGGCAGUGGAGAUGAGUCCGAUGAUGCGAAUAACCACACUCCUUCGGCAUCAAGCCCAAAUUCUUCGCAAAGUAAAGGUACAAGAAAGCGAAGACGUUUAUCUCCAACAGCCUCUGCAGCAAAGGAAGGGAAUAAUGAAGACAAGGGGACCGAUGCUGACACCGAAGGUGAUGAAGAUGAAGAUGUACCAGCCCCUACGGCAAGGUCGAGAAAACGCACACGGGGUGGUUUUGUAAUGGAUAGCAGCGAUGAGGAAUAA